CUAUCGUCUUUAUUUACUUCAUAAAAUAUUUUAAUUACUUAUUAUUCAUGGAUAGAAAUAAAGAGAAACUGAAAAGUAAUAUUUUAAGUAAUAAUGAGAGUGAAAUAAAAGAAUUGUUAGAAAAUGGAUUUGAUCCUAAUUUUGAAAAUGGUUGGCCUAUAAGACUAGCAGCUCGAUUUGGUUUUUAUUCAAUUGUUAAAUUAUUCAUUCAAUAUGGAGCAAAUCCACAUUCAUUAAAUGAAGCUGGUGCAUCAACUUUGCAACUUGCAGUUUUUUCUGGAUUACACUGGGAAACCGACGACUGGACAUAUUUAUUAUCAUGCUGUGACUCAUCUCAGCUGGCCGAUGGCGCUGCCGUUGCUAUCAUUUUUAAUAACAUAGCAGCUUUACAGAAAAUUCUAUGUACUGGAAGAUGUAACACCAAUAUACCAACUACUUUGACAGGCAAAACAGUGGAGGAUUUAGCAAAAGGAUAUAAAAUGCAGUACAUUUUAAACUUCCCAGUAGUUCAAAAUAUCCUUCGAGUGUCAUCGCAUCGAUCACCUCCUCGUAUGCCUAGAUCGGAUGUUAGAAAUUCACAAAUUCGACAACAAAAUAACAGAAAUUUGUCGCCCUCAGUUGCGCGCUUCUUUAAUCUAACGGCCGGCCAGACAGCUCUAAGUCCACCACAAAGCCCUUUAGGAUCGAUAUUUCCUUCAAGAGCUCAAUAAUUGUAAAUGUUCUGCAUAUUAUGUUGAAAUUUAGAUGUUUUGACAUUUUAUAAAGUGACAUGUUCAACAUCUACUAUUAAUAUCUAUCAUUAGUAUGAAAAAAAUAUAAUUAAAAGAGCUUACACAAACAUUUUUUUGUACGAAUAACAUUUGCGACAACAAAAAAUCUAAAAGUAUAAAAUGUUAUGCAUAAUUGGAGAAAUGUUUUAAUAGGCAUUAUUUUUUUCUGAUAAAAUAUUUUGUUUUUAUUUCU